AUGCGAAGUGACCGCCCGUCCAGCAUCUUAAACACCACUCUUCUGUUGCAUCGUAUUGUACCUUCUUUUAUAAUUCCAACCACCCCCGCUUCAGUAAUAAAGCCCAAGUGUCUUGCACCAGCCGUCACCAUGUUUUCUCUCAGCCUCAUCUUAUCGUUUUUACUUAUCCACGUUUGGCCCACAAUGCCGGUCUCAGUUCACUCGGCCUGCCCCUUCAUUCCGGCCGUGCAUGCAUUUCAUACCGGCCCAGUGAACUCCACAGGCCUGCGUUCACACGCCCUCUUUCUCUCAGUUGCUACAGCAGAGAGUGAGACUGAACUGACGGAAAGACAAUGGGCAAUUGUUUUCGCCUAA